AUGACAUACCGAUCCCGGUACGCACAACUGUUCGGGGGUUAUGGUUACUACAAUGCCAGCAAACCAUCAGUCGAGCUUAAUGAUACACGAAAUUGGGCAAACGGUCGGAAAGGAAAGGUUGUUUGGUUGGCGCAACAGUGUGAUCAUGUUAACAACCGAUACCUUCACUGGAAUAGGACAGGCUUCGUCAAAGAACUCUCUCGUCUGGUGGAUGUAGGUAUAUAUGGCAAGUGUGGAAAACCGCCCCCCUGUCCUGCACGUCAUGACAACAGAGAAGGGGCGAACUUUGUGACAUCAUGCAGCAGUUUCCUCCGACGAUUCAAGUUCUACCUUUCCUUUGAGAACAGCGCCUGCCGGGAAUACAUCACUGAAAAACUAUGGAACAAUGCCUAUAUGAACAAUUUAAUCCCAAUUGUCUUCGGAGCUCCGCGCGCAGACUACGAAGCAGUGGCCCCUCCCCAUUCAUUUAUCCAUGUUGAGGACUUUGAAACCCUCCAGGACCUUGCUGACUACAUUAACCUUGUAGACAGGAACGACCGUCUCUACAAUACGUUUUUUGAAUGGAAGAAAUAUGGAUCCGUCGUCGCUUUUAGUGAAAACAUGGCGAAAUGGCUCUUUGAGCCCUGGAAUAUGUGUCAAGUCGUCAACAGAUUGCUAGCUGAUGAGAAAUCAACCAGUGAGGGUCGGCCGGUCCGCCAAAGCCUUCCUCCUUUAACAGAAUGGUGGACGAACUCCUGCCGGAGAAUUGAAGGAUUUCCAAUAAAAAUACAGAAGUAA